UGUUUUUUUUUUUUCUUCUUCCCCCCCCCCAAGUGAAGAAGAGCGGUGCACGUGUUAUUCGUCGCCACCUUUAACACCGGGCCCUCCUGGGGCCAGUUCGUUCAUGCGUGUCUCCAUGGCGACGGCGGCGGCAGCAGCAGGAUGGAGGCCGGCGGGUCACAUGUGGGCCGGAGUCCUCCUCCUCCUCCUCCUCCUCUUCCUCCUUCCUGGUAUCAUCGGGGGGUUGCCAUGGCAUCGAUCGAUGCUGCUGGGUACUCACAGUGGAGGGAGCAAAAACAAACCGGUGGCGGCCAUGGACGCGUCCCAGCCAAUCAGCUCGUAGCGCUACGAGAGCUCGCGCGCCGAUUGGCUGAUUGGCGCCACUUGAAGAAGGCGAACGUGGGCAAAAAAAAAAAAAAAGGGAAGAAAAAAAAAAAAGAAAAGCAGCGAGGCAGCGGACGGACGAGAGACGCAACGACGACAAGCAGGCAGAAGAGAAGCCAGACAACUGGACUCUCACACGUCCUCCGGCCUCUUUUUUUAUACGCUUUUUUUUUUUGUCUGGUGUUUUUUUAUUUGCUGUUUUUUAUUUAUUGAUUUAUUUAUUCAUUUUUUAAUCUGCACGAGGAAUGGACGUGGCAGCCUCGACGUGGUUUCUUCCACGCGCCACGCUCCAACACGACAGCGUGAGGAGAAGGUGGAAGAAGCCGUGAGCACCUUGGAGAUUUUCCCCGAUGUCUGAAACCAAACGCCGGUGCCAAAGUGACGAGCGUGUCAAGAAGAAGAAGCAAAAAAAAAAAAAAAAAAGUCACCUUCUCGCACUUCCUCUCCCGGUUCCAGCCGGAAGCCGUCUGAGCUUUUGCUGCCGGGCCAAACCUCAUCGGGGGGACGCCGGAAUGAUUCGGGCCCCCUAAUCCCGACCGCGUCACUCUUGACUCUCCUUCUUCCACAGGUGGCGCUAGAGGACGCGCCACCGGACAGCGAUCCCUUUACACCGCACCGCAGACCUCGCGUCCGUGUGUUGACGAAGCCAUAGCCGCACAGCCCCCGAGGCCGGACUCCCUUCUUCUUCUCUGAGCCGACGGAUGAGUUCGCUCCCGUUCAUGUCCGGUGCGCGAACGCGACCGCGCUGCCCCGCUCGAGCCGGGCCCAAGCCCUUCUUCGUUCUCUUUUGUUGGCUGGAGCUCAAUUCGGAGCAGAGACACUCCUGGCGCGAGGGCGACGUCCUUCGCACGUAGGCCCGUCGUACCGCCGCCUCGCGGGUCACGUCGCCCCCCCCCCGUGGCCGUUCUCACCUGGGCUUUUUAUCACGCGUUUGCCUUGAGGCUCGUUCAGCUGCUCGUCAUCCGGUUUGAUUCCGAGGCUCGUCGCCUCUUUGAAAAGUUUACACGCCACCUUCGAUGUUUACACUCCAUCUCCUUUUCGUCCGGCGACCAUUUUGCCCUCUCCGCUCGGACGAUGACGAGUUUACAUUUCCAGCGAGAGAUGUUUGAACGCGUCGCCUAGCAACAAGCUGCGUUUACACAAGGACGUGUUUGCGUUUACAUUCAGGUGCCAGACCAAAAUUUUCAUACUUUGGAAGCUUUUUAUAACUCACCCUGCAGAGGACUGUUUUGUUGUUGUUGUUGUUGUUUUUGUCUAUUUUUUACAAAGCAUCACCAUGACGAUGAAAGCCACAAUUUCACCAGGGAUAUUAUGCUGCUCCCUGCUGCUUUUCUCCUGCCUUGCUGUUUCCAUGGUAACCACCGAUAACGAUGUCAGGAAGCUGCCGCCCGGCAGCGCCGCCUCCCCCCCGGCCGGCAAACGCGCCCCCCUCUUCCUCCUCGCGGGCCGCAAGCAGCCGCCCGCCGCCGCCGCCGGGCCCAGAGGGGCGCCCAAGAAGGCGGAGGUGGAGGACGCCGACGAUCGACCGCCGCCGCCCGUGGCCGAGCCGCCCCUCAAGCCCCUUCCCCAGACCAUGUUGCCCAGGAACGUGACGGAUGACGCUCUCAAGCCCCCGCUGGGCGCCGCCCAGGUGGCGCCGGCCCCCAGGCAGCUGGUGGACGUGGACGUGUGCAGGGGCUACUUCGACGUGAUGGGCCAGUUCGACAGCACCUUCAACUGCUCCAAGGGAAGCUACAUCUACUGCUGCGGCACGUGCCACUACCGCUUCUGCUGCGAGCACCAGCGCAACCGCCUGGACCAGGACUCCUGCACCAACUACAAGUCGCCCGACUGGGCCGAACCGCAGGUGCCCGUCACCGUGCCCGCCGACAACAAGCCCGACCCGGACUUUGAGACGCUCCAGCAGCAGAACAGCAGCACGGCCUACGUGAUUGGCGGCGUCAUCUCCUUCACGCUGGUGGUGGCCGUGGGCGUGCGGCUCGCCUUCAGUAAAGUGGCGCGGCGCCCGCGCAACCGAGACGCCAACGUGCCGAGGUCGCUGGUGGACAUCCUGCGUCACCAGUCCAGUCCCGUGCGGCACGGCGAGAGGAACAACAUGCUAACCACCUCCAACGGACGCAUGGCCAAAAACAUGUACACGCCCAUCCUCCAGAGCAAGGACAACCGCAAGCGAGGCGCCCGCAUGAACAACAUGGGCACCCCGCAGCUGUCGUGCGGCCCCAAACUCAUCGCGAGCGGCGGCAAGGGCCUCGGCGGCGGCGGCCUGGUGGCGGGCGGCGGCACGCGGCACAGCGGCAGCCGCGCGUCCUUCUCGCACUCCUUCCACAACCUGGCGCAGCUGCCGCCGUCCUACGAAGCCGCCAUGCAGCCAGAAAUCAGCAGAUACAGCUCCCUCAAGAAGCUGGAGAAAGAGCUGGACGAGUAUUCCGGCUAUUAUUCGUCAAAGCGGCGCUCGACCAACGCGCCGCCGUCCUUCUACUCGUCGCAGCACUACCUUCCCUGGGCGGGCGACUACACGUCGGGCUCCUCCAGGGGCACCCUGCCGCUCGACGGCUCCCGGCCCCGCCCGUACGCGCCGCCCUCCGCGCCCAACCCGUACCCGCUGCCAGUGCCCGCGCAUUACGGCGGCUUCGACCGGCCGCCGCGCCGCGUGCGCUCCCAGGAUCAGCUGCUGGCGCUGGGCGAGGGCAACACGCUGUCGCGCCUCUUCAAGAACCAGCAGCAGCACUACUACCGAAACGUGAUGAUGGGCGGCAGCGGGAGGAGCGCCGCGUCGCAGACGCUGCGCAGGUCCCACGAGCGACUCCUGGUGUCCCCCGACCGCCUGGAGGACCAGCCGAUGGUCGUGGGCCUGAUGUCGGACAGAGGCGCGGGCGGCGCGGUGCCCGCCAUGGGCCGCCUGAGCCACCACCACAAGGCCCAGUCGCAGCAGAACAUCUGCGUCACGCCCUCCGCCGAGCGCCACCACAUGAUCAAGAUGAACUCCCACCCCACGCCGGGCCACGAGCACGGCGGCUGGGACGGGGGGCACCCCAACGCCCGCCGCGCGGCCUUCGCCGGCAAGCGGCAGAACACCGUCGAGCAGCUCCACUUCAUCCCGGGCGGGGGAGGGGGCCACGCCCUGAGGACCGCCAGUAAGAACGAAGUCACCGUCUGAGGCCGGCGCGCUUUCGGGCUUCUUUUGUACGCCGCGCAACAACGAAAUCUUACCUGACGUAUGUUUCGGCAACGCUACUCUCACAAUCUGACAAGUACACACACACACACACACACACGUACACAAAAACUAUCCCACGCACACACAAACCAACACAUGUACACACAAUGGCACACAGAUACUGACACACACUCAUCCACUGACACACACAGAUAUACAUUUACAGACUGAACAUACACACACAAACACACACAACAGUAGUUGCCGAAACACGCAACGUAAGCAAAACAUAUUUUUUUUUCUACCGUGUGGUAUACGAAGAACCCUUAAGUGUGUUACUUCAAGAAGACAGGAUGAACCUUGUUCCACGGCUGUGAGAGGAAACGGAGGAAGACGGGAUGAAGGAGGAAAAGAAGGAAAGGGAGCUCCCGUUUGCGUUGUCCUUCGUUUGAAGGUUUGUAUAAAAAAAAAAAAAAAAAAAUCCCAAAGUUACCUUUUUCUUCGGACGUUUGCUCCAAAGGUGCCGUGAAGGUGCAACAUCCUCGCCCAUAUAUGGCGUCAUCGGCGUUGAAUUUUUAACACUGAUUUUUAGCUUCAAAAUCAAACUCUUGAGUUUAAAAAAAAAAAAAAAAAAACAUUUCAGAAGUAGAAAAAAAUUCUGCGUAACCAAAUUUCAUUAUAUAUAAUUGAGUGUAGACGAGGUCAACAUUUUAAGAUUUAAUGUAAAACUAAACUCGAGAAAUUAUAAAUUAUAUUUUUUUUUUUUUCAAAAACAUUUUCCACUUAAAAAAUGCUGAUAAGCGGGGAAUUGGGUAAAAAAAAAAAACACACACAAGUGAGGGGUAAAAAAAUACCGCAAAUAAGGGGUGGUGGGAUUCUCCAAAUAACUUGGGGUCGCCCCCCCCCCCCCCCAAAAAAAAAUCCACGAUUAGGUGAAUCCGUGAAUGCCGAACUACAAUCCACUGUACUGUGUAUUUUUAUUAUUAUAAUACUUUUGAGAGUCGGACUGCAACUGAUUUUUUUCGAUAAAUCGAUGAAUCGGAUUUAAAAAAAAUAAAAAUAAAAAACAUUUUCGGAGAAAGCCACUGUCGUUUGAUGGUUUUGGAAAUUCAAAGUUUCAUUUUGACACUCAAAAAGUUCAGUGUUAAAAAAUUGAGCUCAAAUUCAGAUGGCACAUACACUUUCCUAAUUCCUUCUUCUUGUGGAUUAAAAAAAGGUAUGAAGUUAUGGUCCAAUUUUUUUUUUUUUUUUUUUGGGGCGACUUGGCCCGCGCGUCGGAACUCGUCCUGGCCGGACUCGAGUGUAUUUUCAAGGCCCGCAUCCUACAAAAAUGGAGAAUUCCGCCAUGUCGUCGUGGUUUGUCGUCUGCGCAGCUCUCGCCAGCCAUCGUAUCGAGCGUCAACGCUUUGGGAACGUGAAACCCACCCCGCCGCUCGGGCGGGCGGCGGCACACUUGAUGACACUAAGGGACACUUGACACUAAGGGCUAUAUUCAACACAAAACAAUUGAUGAUCUUUGUGUGUGUCUGUGCGGCGUCUGCGUGUCGGUUUGCGUGACUUUCUCGUGCGGAGGCAUGCUCGUCGUGUGCGUCUUUUUUCCGUUUGUGUGAUUCUGGAGAAACGAAAAGAGAGAGCAUACGCUUCCAUCUGGUCCUAUUUUUCCGUUCGAGCAGUGCUUCCCAAUCUUACUUGAGAAAAAUAUCACGGCACCUCGCCAAAUUAAAAUGUCAAUGUAAAAAAAAAAAAAAUCAAUACACAAUAUGAGCACCAAACAGAAUAGUGUCUUAGUGUCAGAAUAGUGACUUUGGCGCUAACAUAAUAACAAAAACAAGACCGAGAAAGGGCUUUUGACGGAAAAACGCAACUAAGAAAGAGCGACGCUGACUCACCGCAUGGCUCGAGUUGAACGUUAGCGUUUGGUUUUAUUUGUUUUUUUUACCUGGGAUAAGCGGUAGAGAAAAUGGAUCAUACCAUGAACCUUUUGGCACCAUAGCGACACACGCUUUCUACUACCUACCGCCACACAUACACUCUUUGUACGUUACACAUUCGGACGUGAGGUGCCUAAACUUGUCCGACAUCCAACGCGUCAGCAAUUUUCUCGCUGAUAAUCGACGGGGCAAGACGAGAUUCACGGCCUAAUCUUUAUCUUCUACUCAAAAGUUGUACUGCGAUCAAAUCCAAAGCGGUGCAACACUGCCAUCUACUGGCCUCUGUUUGUCAUUACAGUUACGUAGAAGCUUGAAUUCCACACACAAGCUGGGUAGGACCCUCUUCCAUGCCUACCCGUUUGGAAAACAUACUUAACGAGCACUUUUGUUAGUGGCAAUAAAUGGCUGGAUUCCAGUCGACGAAUCGAAGCGGCCACGGUCGUGGAUGAGUUCGGUGAAAUUAAAUCAUUUCAAAAACAAAAGUCUUCUCCAAAAAUUCUUUGUGAAACAGGUGGACGGGUCAAAACAAUUUGACAUAUCAAAAACGUUGGUGUCAAACGAUGCACCAUCGCAAGCAUUGAAUUGUUUUUGCAUGUCACUACACGUCGCUGGCAUAGAUAGGCGAUACAUUAUUUGUAGUUAAUAAAUAAUUAGAUAUAUAUAACUUAGUGAAACUAGAUGACACACCCGAUAAGGUUGGGAGUCACUGCAUUGAACUGCCUUUUACGUACAGAUGUAUUAAAUGAUUUCCAAAACAAAAAGGAGCUGAUGUGAUGAUGAUGUCACAGCGAUGAUGUCACAAUGCGUGCGUGUGUGUGUGUGUUUGUUUGCAUGUGUGUGUGUAAACCACGGCCAUGUAAUAUUUGUAAGGCAAAGCUACUCUGCAUACCUCAAAUUGUAAAAUACUUUUUAUUUAGGACAUCCCCUCAAAUGUUGUCUUUCCAGGACAAAGAAAGGCCUCACAAUUUUUUAUUUUUUGUGUGUGUCUUCUCAUUUUGGGUUUGUACAAAAAAAUAAUAAUGAUAAUAAUGUUUGACAAUGAUAAUUACAAAUAAAUCCUUUGAAAGCUU